CAUAGUGCGAGCCAGUCUAGGAGCCAACGCCGAAGCAUCAACAUUGAAUUUGCUUGGAAACAUGGCAGCCGAAGAACCUUUAGAAGUUUGUCCUUUUGACAAGAGCCAUCGAAUUCGUGGCUCCAGGAUGGCUUACCAUAUAAGGAGGUGUGCCAAUAGCCAUCCGGAAAUCCAGUUAAAGAUCUGCCCGUAUAAUAGCCGGCAUAUUUUGCACCCGAAGCAAUUAUCGGAACAUCUGAGAUCAUGUCCAACUAAGGAGUUUGCAAAUCCGGAUAAAAUAGUUGAGACAACGCCAGAAACAUCUGGUGUUAUAAUUCCAGUUCAGCCUGAAUUUGUGGCUGUGGAUGAAGCGGUGGAAGCCUGGGUCGUCGAUGAAGGUCCCAGUCCACUGGAAGGAGUCCGAGAAAGACGGAACGCUGAGCGGCUAUUCAGACAGGUUCGGAGGUCAAAAAAGAGAAAUUGACUUAUGCAUAGAUAUCUCUUACAUUAUUGAAAUAAAUGUUUAUUUUACCUGCAAA